AUGCACAAGGACAAGGACGAAAACGCGCAUCACGACUCGCACUACCGGGCUCGAGAACUGGCCGCUCUCGCAGCCUACGAUCACCAGCAUCUAGACGGUGAAAUGUUCCUCCAGGCACUCAACGGCUUCCUACUCAUACUGAGCUGCGACGGCGAGGUGUUUUUCGCCACUCACAGCAUCGAGAGUUACCUCGGCUUCCAUCAGUCGGACAUUGUACACCAGAGCGUGUACGAGCUGGUGCACAGCGAGGACCGCGAGGAGCUGCAGCGCCAGCUGAUGUGGAACUCGUUCCUGCCGGCCGACAGCUCGAACAUGCCGCUGCACGAGGCUCUGGCACCCCAACAGGCGCAUCUGCUCGAGCGCAGCUUCACCGUACGCUUCAGAUGUCUCCUUGACAACACAUCGGGCUUCCUCCGACUCGACAUAAGAGGCCGGGUGAAGGUGUUGCACGGCCAGAACCGCAAAACCGAGGAGCCGCCGCUGGCGCUGUUUGCCCUGUGCACGCCGUUCGGGCCGCCGUCGCUGCUCGAGGUGCCCCAGAAGGAGGUCAUGUUCAAGAGCAAGCACAAGCUCGACCUCGGCCUCGUCUCCAUGGACCAGCGCGGCAAGAUGCUACUCGGCUACAGCGACUCCGAGCUGGCCAAUCUCGGCGGCUACGACCUCGUGCACUUUGACGAUCUCGCCUACGUCGCCAGCGCCCAUCAAGAGCUGCUGAAAACAGGAGCUUCCGGCAUGAUAGCCUACAGGUACCAAACGAAAGACGGCGGUUGGCAAUGGUUGCAGACGAGCUCGCGCCUCGUUUACAAAAACUCCAAGCCUGACUUUGUCAUCAGUACGCAUAGGCCGCUCAUGGAAGAGGAGGGCAGAGAUCUGCUGGGCAAGAGAACGAUGGACUUCAAGGUCAGCUACCUGGACGCGGGACUGACCAACAGCUACUUCUCGGACAGCGACAAUUUGUCCGCGAGCGGGACCAACAUCAGCACGUCGCAGAUCAGCAGUCAACCGGCUCAGCAAGCGAGUCCACAGCAGCAACAGCAGCAGUCGCCACAGCCACCGACGCAGAGGGUCAAUCGACGUUACAAGACCCAGCUGAGGGACUUCCUAUCGACUUGUCGGAGUAAACGAAACAGUAAAAAUGCCCAAAACGCCACUAAUCAGCAGACGGCCCAACUAUCGCCCUUGUCUCCGGUCGGUACGCCAACGGCGCCAGGCCUCGGGGUCGCCCCGGUCGACUACUUGGCGCCCGACGGCGGAGCAGCCGCAGCGGCGGUCGUGGCGGCCUACGGAGGCCUCAACAGCGUGUACCCCGCGGCGGCGGCCAGUUACGCGCCCGCAGCGGCCAGCGUCGCCGACCCAGCCCUGGCUUCGUACCUCGGCCCGGCGGCCACCUAUCACCAUCAGGGCCUCUACGACAAUCGGUAUCUGGGCGCCGCGGAAAACAUCUUCCAGUACCGACCGCUGGGCUCGUUCUAUCCGGACUAUCACGCGACGGCCGGCGCCAGCGCCUACAACGGCUUCGUCGACGUGGGCGGACUGCCGCCGACCUACGAGAGCCACCAGCAGCUCGGCACGUCCGCUGGUCCCGACUCGCCAAAGUUCGCCUACGGCGAUUCGCGCUACGGCGUCGAGCCGAGCCUCGCGGUCGUCAGGGCCGGCAGCAGACACUCGCUCGAGGCGGCCUCGGCGUCCUCCAACUCGGCUGGCAGCUCGCCGGCGACCCAUCACCCCAACGGCCUCGUGGGCUUGGCCCUAAAGCCGGAGGAGGUGAAGCACGAGCCGUACGGCGAAGCACCCCGACAGACGGUGCUGAUGUGGGGCGCUCCACCGACGACACCCAACCGAUCGUCGUCGUCGCCACCGCCAGCCCCGUCGGCGGUGGCCGUGACGCGCAGCAACGGCAACUACAGUCCUCCAGUGAGCAGUGGCUCGCACCUCGAGCUGAGGCUGGGCUCGUCCUCGGCCAGCCGCAGCGACCCCCUGAAAAGUCUUCAAGAGAUGAACGCCAUCAACGGCGACUCCAAGUGGAAACGUACCUCGCCGAACUGCGAGCCGAGUCCUCCUCGCAAAGGACUACAUCUGCAGCAGCAGCAGCAGCAGCAGCACCAACAGCAGCAGCAGCAGCAACAGACGCAUCAGGCGCAACAGCAACACUACCCGGUGGUGACUUCGACGCAUUACUCGGGCUACGGACUGUCUCCUCAUCAACAGCAAGCCCAACAGCAUCAGCAGCAACAGCACCAGGGACAGCAGCCGGGAGGGCACUUGUCGAGCGAGCCGGGGCCCGAGGUAUGGCAAGGAGUGCAACAACACCACUACCAGUACUAUCCCUACCAUCAUCACCACCACGCUCAUUCACCAACCGCACCAACACCACGGCACGCCUCCCACAGCACCACCAGCACCACGUCGUCGUCGUCGUUGGCAACGGAGCAGGCACUGCUCACGCUGCCGUUGAUGCCAGCUCGCUUCAAUCCCGGCCAAGCAACGGACCACCCGAGCACCAUCCACAGCGCCAGCAACAGCAACGUCGACAGCUCUUACUCGAUCAGCAGCAGCAGCAGCAACAGCAGCUUGGCUCGGCCGCGUCCUUCUGUCUCACGGACGUCAAAUCAAUCGCAGGCAGUCCUCUCCUCUCCAUCUCCGAGGUGACCAACACCCUGCUCAAUCAGUAGGGGGGCUUCGCACGCUUCUAAUGUGCCCCCCUCUGCAGAUAAUGCAUCUUUCCAAAUUUAAGUCCAGAUAUUUUUAUUUUCAACAGAUAAGACAAGCAGCUCACUAGAAUAAUUCACGAGUUCUCCGACAAAUUACAUCGGUUGCGGCUGUGCUCCGAUUGAUUUUUUCUCUUAGAGAAUCCAGAAUAUUUUCUUCCUCUACAAUUAUAUACAAGUAAUAUACAAUUGUAUACGUGUGAAAAUAUAGUCUUAUGAAGCUGCUGCAUUAUACAAUCCGCGCGUCAGUCGACCAAACCGAGCGAUAGUUUUCCUCUGAUCUAUGUACCGAUUAUAUACUUUGAUCUUUCGUAUGAAAAUUUGUUGUACAAUAUAUUAAUUAUUUCUUAAACGCGACAAUUAAUGAUCAAUGUACACAUUCUGUGAUAUGUGCUAGCUAAUUAUUUUUCUAUUUUCAAUCGACGACCCCUCCUGCAAGAACGAGAAACGUCAAAGGUUUGGGUUCGAUCGACGAUAAUAGAAACACGUGUAUAUUUUUUCGAAUAACAAAAUCAAGUGCAAAUAGCGCGUUGUUUCUCAGGAGCAAAAAAUGUAAGAAGAAAUGCACCACACGCAAGUCUUGCCAGUUACUUUGACGAUGAGAAUAUAUCAUAUACAUCGACGUGAAUACGAAAAUUGUGUUGCAUUAUUGUCAGUACUUAAUUAGAUCGUCGCGAUCAUGGGUAUCGAGAGAAACGUCGAACUGAAGAUAUUAUAACCGAUCAAUCCAGUCGUUGUUAGCCAAGCUAGAUAGGGACACUUCCACGGAGACAUAAUAAUAUUAUGAAAAAUAAAUUCAUGUUCAAGCAGCCACUCGUAUUAUGCUAAGAAGAGUUUACAUUGCUAUUGCGCGCGCGUGUGCCUCGUCAAUUCGACGAUAAUGCCGUUGAUGAGACAAGACGCGAAAAAUAGUCGAUGAUGAAUUAAAAACUGUAAAAUAUAUGCAAUCACUAGCCGAUUUUUAGCUAUUCGAUUUAAUGUCUUAUACGUACAUUUUGUAUUCUUCGUGAGAAUGACAUUUGUUAACUUAUAUUAUAUAAAUGUAAGUAAUGUGUGAGCAGACAUCCUCGAUUUCUCAAUAGAACAUUUUCGAUCCAAUAAGUGUGUAUAUUUUCUUCUUUGAAUUAUUUAUAAACAUGAACGUAUAAUUUGCGAACAAAGUAUAUUAUAUAGUUUAUUACACUGUAAGCGUAUAGUGCAGAGAUAUGUUAAAAGUUAUGCAUGUAUAAAAAGCUCAGCAAGCCUAAUGUAUUAUUAUAUGAUAGAAACUCUAACGAUAAGUACUCAAAUCUAGUCCUCACAUGUAUCGACGCGAAUUAAAUGGUUUAUUAGAUUAAUCCGUCAUUACAAUCGUACACGUUUACUGCUGGUCGAAAAUUCGAGGUUCAUCCUAAAGUGUACUAAGAAAAACUAAUGUCUAUGAAAUUGGGUUAUUGACAAUGUAAAUUUGUAGACGGCGCAACUCGAAAAAAAAGUUAUUUGUUCCAUUUAAUACGUAGAUAAACUUGAAUUUUUAAC